GUCAGUGACUAUUGAUGCUCUUACCAAGCCAGGCACCUCGGAGCUCAGUGUGGUUGAUCGGUGUACACACUCCCACCAAAGGUGCCUGGCUACAGCAAACCAUGCAGUGAGCCAUGCCCCGGCCAGGACAGCCUCGCCCGUCAUCUGGGCCGGCUCGCUUAGGACCCUGGGAACGGCCGACAGAGCUAUGCCUGGAGACCUACGAUGAGCCACCCCAGCCCCCACCAGGCCGACGCACCCGUAGGCCAGACUCCAAGGACCCUGGCCACCGAGGGCCAGAGAGCAUUACCUUUAUUUCUGGAUCUGCUGAGCCGGCCACCCAACCCCCUGCCUGCUGCCUGCUCUGGCGGCCCUGGGGGUGGGACUGGUGCCGUGCUGCCUUCUGCUUCCGUCGCUGCUGGGAUUGCCUGCAGCGCUGCGGGACCUGUGUGCGGGGCUGCAGCCCCUGCUUGUCUGCUGAGGACUCUGUCCAGGGGGCUGCCGAAGAUAACUGGGCCAAGGAGCACAAUGGGGUGCCCCCGAGCCCUGACCGUGCACCCCCCAGGGAUAGCCAGCGGCUCAAGUCUGCCAUGGGGAGCAGCUUUAGCUACCCUGACGUCAAGCUCAAAGGCAUCCCCGUAUACCCCUACCGCAGCACCACCUCCCCAACCCUUGAUGCGGACUCCUGCUAUAAGGAGCCACUGGCCGAGCCCCCUCCCAUGCGCCACAGCCUGCCUACCACCCUUCCCAGCAGCCCCCGUGGCUCUGAGGAGUACUACUCUUUCCACGAGUCGGACCUGGACCUGCCCGAGAUGGGAAGUGGCUCCAUGUCAAGCCGGGAGAUUGAUGUGCUCAUUUUCAAGAAGCUGACUGAGCUGUUCAGCGUCCACCAGAUCGAUGAGCUGGCCAAGUGCACAUCAGACACUGUGUUCUUGGAGAAGACCAGUAAGAUCUCGGACCUGAUCAACAGCAUCACACAGGACUACCACCUGGAUGAGCAGGAUGCUGAGGGCCGCCUUGUGCGUGGCAUCAUUCGUAUCAGUACCCGAAAGAGUCGCACUCGCCCACAGACCUCAGAGGGGCACCCAGCCCGGGCUGCUGCCCCCACUGCUGCCGCUCCAGACAGUGGCCAUGAGACCAUGGUGGGCUCAGGUCUCAGCCAAGAUGAACUGAUGGUGCAGAUAUCCCAGGAGACGACAGCAGAUGCCAUCGCCAGGAAGCUGAGGCCAUAUGGAGCCCCAGGGUACCCAGCCAGCCACGACUCAUCUUUCCAGGGCACGGACACGGACUCAUCGGGGGCACCCUUGCUCCAGGUGUACUGCUAACCCCUGCUGGGCGCAGCAGCCCGGACCCCUCCUGGGAGAAGCAUGGCCUACAGAAUAGAGGGACCGAGACCCCUUUGGGGAAGGCGGACCAUAAGCAGUACCCACUCUGUUCCUCCCGCCUUGGCUGACUGGUUCUUGGACCACAUGCAUUUCACAGGGUCACAGUGCCCACAUGCCCUGCCCCGGCUGGCUUGACCCCUGCCUGACCCUCCUCCUUCCUGUGGCCUAAUCAUGGAAAUAAGGACCUGGGACAUUACCUGCUGGGGCUGAACACUUGACUCCAUCCCUUUGUUACCCUAGGCACAUGUGCAAACUUUAAAAGCAGCUUCAGUGGACUAGGUUGGGGGUGGGCAGGGCCUCCUCUGUAUGGUGUUCUGUGGACAGUGCCCACUCGACCGUACGUUCUGUUGAGUGGUUUGUUGUGGUUCUUGACCGAUGUACAUGUUAACAUGACAGUGUUUGCAAGUUCAGACAACAGAUGCCUGCCUGGUCAUCUGGGCCACAACGUAGUCCCUUCUCUCCCAUUUGCCUUGCUUAACUGCUGCCCAGGACCUAGGCAGCC